UCCGGAGGUCCUCGGCGCGACACUCGCACGCAGGUCGUACUCCGAGUCGUGCGCGUCUGCGUGUUAGCGGACAUUAAAUGAGUUGAAGUCACAUUCAUUCGAUGCGCGAGGUCGUAUCAAUCGGGCAUGUGGACUCACGUGGAUCUAUCAAUUCAAUUAAACUUCAGUGCCACACAAACGAAGGACUCAUCCAUUGAGUAGUACCAUGAGAGAUUAAAUCUGAGCGCAAAUAAAUAUAUAAAAUAAAAUUUAAAAAUUUAAAAAAAAUCAAGUUUAAAGAAAAGACUCGAAUCUAGUCAGGAAAGGCUUCUAAAAAUUAAUUAAGUGAAUAAAUUAGUGUUUAUUAUUAAUAUUCAACUAAACAAACGUCAAUCACAACUGUUACUAAUGUGCUCAAUAGUGAUGCCCGCGGAUUACGAGAUGUUGGUCUCGCAUAGUCCGCCCAUCUUCUCGCACAGUCCACCAUCGCACGGCUUCCUGAAUCGUUGCGACUCCUACCCGCGAAUGACACGUUUCUACAAAUCACCCAGCCGUGCUUCCCCGCCGAAAGCGGACACACCUACACGUCCGAUAUUAAUCGUGCGUCCGGAAUGUUCCUCUUCAGAUGAUAGCAAUGAUGAUGACCCUGUUAGCCCCACGCGGCUUAAAAAGAAGGUGGUGUUUGCAGAUGAUCGCGGUAUGUCACUCACACAAGUACGUGUGAUGACAGAACCAUCAAAUGUCCCUCCAGUGUGGAGCUUCCGGUUUCUGAGUCAAGUCACCAAGGGAAUUCAAGCUGAACCACUCGCGCAUGAAGAACCCUGGGAGCUUACCUUCUCCCAACCUGCUUCGGAUUAUGUCGCGUUCAGGAAGCGCCUGGAUGCUGAUAAAGUCACCCUUGAGAAUGUCAUUGUCAAGGAAUCAGAGGAACUUGUUGUGGGAACUGUAAAAGUCUGUAAUAUUGCGUUUGAGAAGGAAGUUUCUCUUCGUACUACAGAUGACGAUUGGAAAACACAUAAAGAUAUCCAAUGUACCUACAUGCCUGGAAUGGCUUCCUCGUCAGCUUACGCCCUCUAUGAUACCUUCUCGUUCAAAUUUCCUUUACCCACAGAUUCGCGACGCCUUGAAUUCUGUGUGCUUUAUACUUGCAACAAUCAAGAAUACUGGGAUAAUAAUUUCGGUGGGAAUUACAAAAUCGUCAAGAACAAAGUCACCUCACGUCACCUCGCCAGCGAACCACAGAUCAUCCCUACAAGCAAAACACGUGACAUCUUCAACACCAAAGUGGAUUCAUGGAGUGAGUUCGCCAGCUGGAAUCAUUUGGAUGUGAGCAGUCCGUAUUGGUAAACUCGCUGCUCAUUGCGGAAACGAUUGGACUUUUGAUCUGUGAUAAAACAAAAAAUUUACACGCUGGCGGCGGUGUCAUGAGAUCCGAGAUAAUAAAAAAAAAUUCGUGAUAAUUCUUCUGAAACGUGCCAAUAAUAAAUACGCAAGCCGAGGCGAAAUUUUAUUCUAUAUCUAUGUAUGUCAGUUAGUAUCUAGAGUUGGUGUACUUAUAAGACUGAUGUAUGAAUUUGCAAACAAAAAGAUUGAUUACGUAAAUUUAGUUAUUUAUCAACAUUCAUAAUACAAGUUAUGUUUAUCUGCUAGAUGAAUGUUUGUAGUUUUAAAGCAGAACACGACUAGGGUCGAGAGGACGUAUGUGUUCCUGUUUAUGAUUUUAAUGAAUUAAUUUAAGAGUGUUUUUAAUGGUGAUGUGCAAAUAUUACACUGGCGUGCUUCCAGUCAUGUUAUACAGUUCCUUUUAUCAGCUAAAUGUUUUUCUUUUUAUAAAUACGUACACGCAUAGCAUGCAUGUGAGAAAGAAGCAAUUGUAGAAUAUGCUAUCGUGUUUUUAAUGAUACAAAUCAGACGAGAUUUGAAUAUUAAAUCUUGCAAUGAACCGACUGGAACAAGUUGAAGAUGAAAGUACAGCGGAGGACUGCUAUAAAAUAAUAAAAAUACAGCUUAUGUCUUUCUAUCUGAAGAGAUGAGAUUGAGAAAGGCUUGUAAAACGAGAUGUUUCGUUGUAGAUGCAUCUUGCUUCUCGUUGCAGGAGGCUAUAAAUGAUGUACAAUUUCAAAAGCUGUAAAAUUUAAGUUGUAGAUAUGUGAAAUGUGCCGAUAGUCGAGGAAGAAACUAGCAGCUAAGUUUGAUUCAAAGACAGCAAGAUGACAACUUAAUGUUGUCGGGUUUUAUUGAAUACGUUUCUUCUUGAUUUUUUGUUAAUAAAGUUUUUAAUUAUGAAA